CAGCAGCCAGUUGAUUCAAAAUGGCGGCUGUUAGGGAGUCUCUGAUGCUUGAAAGAGAUGUCAAAAGGGCGAUUGAGUUGCUGGAGAAAUUACAGCGGAGCGGUGAAGUGCCAACACAGAAGUUAGCGGCGCUUCAAAAAGUUCUGCAAAGUGAAUUCUGUAAUGCAGUUCGUGAAGUCUAUGAGCACGUCUAUGAAACAGUCGACAUUUCGGGCAGCCCUGACAUUCGUGCCAGUGCAACAGCUAAGGCAACAGUGGCAGCCUUUGCAGCAAGUGAGGGUCAUGCACACCCUCGAGUAGUAGAGCUGCCAAAGACGGAUGAGGGGCUCGGUUUCAAUGUCAUGGGUGGACGGGAGCAGAACUCUCCCAUCUACAUAUCCAGGAUAAUUCCAGGAGGUGUGGCUGAUCGCCAUGGAGCUCUCAAGCGUGGUGACCAGCUGCUUUCUGUCAACGGCGUGCAUGAAAAAGAAUAUACGGAAAUACUGGAUGCUGUGAAGGGAGCACCAAGCGAAAAACGACUGGCGUCACAGUUUAUCGCACGGUUUUUCAAAGACUUCCCACACCUAGCAGAGAAAGCCAUCGACGCCCAGCUUGACCUAUGUGAGGACACAGACGUUGCUAUUCGAAAGCAAGCUAUCAAAGAUUUGCCCAGCUUUUGUAAAAGCAGCCAAGAGUACGUCCCAAAGAUUGCUGACGUGUUGGCACAGUUGCUGCUUACAGAAGACAACUCCGAGCUAUUUGUUAUUUACAAUUCUCUCGCAACACUGAUCAAAUUGGAUGCAAAAGGAACGCUAGGUGGAAUCUUUUCGCAGGUUGUAGCGGGUGAAGAUGUUGUCAGAGAGCGAGCCAUUAAAUUUUUGUGCUCUAAACUUCCCUCCAUGAGUACAGAAGUGUUCACUAAGGAAGUGGAGGAAUAUUUGUUCCAGGAGUGCUGCAAGGUGAUGCAGGAUGUGACGGGCCAGGAAUUUUCUAGCCUCAUGUCUCUGCUGAGCAGCCUGAAACUGGCAAAGACAAUUCCUGGUCAGCAAGCACUCGUGGACUUGGCAGCCGAACAGGCGGAGCUAGACAAGCCACUGGAGCGCACAGCAGCUGCCAAUGGAAGCGGUGCAGCAUCAGUUGGAGCAGUCCCAGAUACGUCUGAGUCCAUUGCAAAGCUGGCCCACUGCAUACGUCAGGUGUUGCCGUUCUUCUCGCCAUACGUGUCAUCCUCCAAAUUCGUGCAGUACCUGUGUGAGCAGGUACUUCCAGUGUUGAAUGAGAUGCCGUCGGAUGAAGAAGGCCUGGAGCUCAUCAAGUUGCUCGCAGAGAUGUCACCGCACGCUACAGGGAUACAAGAACAUCCCUCCUGUCUGGAAUCGGUUUUCAACAAACUUUUGGAACACAUGCCUCUCCCCCCAACCAAUAAGGAAGCGGAAAAUAUGGAGGAACUCCCUGCCCUGCAAUUGUCACACGUUGAGUGUCUCAUGUAUGUGUUUCACCAGCUGGCCAAGAGGACGCCAGAAUUUCUGACGGCCGAGGGGAAUUCCGAAAGACUGCGGGACUUCAAACUGCGGCUGCAGUAUUUGGCACGGGGUGUUCAGGGCUACAUAAAAAAGCUCAGAAGUGCACUGCAGGGCAAAAAGGCGGAGGAGCUGAAAAGUGAUGAGAACAAAUUAAAAGCCGCCGCAUUAAAGACGACAAACAACAUUAACACUCUGAUACGGGACCUAUUCCACGUACCACCUUCUUUCAAAGCAACAAUCGUCCUUUCCUGGAAGCCUCCAGUGACCAAUAAGCCCGCUGAAGCAUUAAGUGCUCCUGCUACAGGAAGUGCAAAGGCGGAGCGACGUCGCAUAUCUUUUUCUGAAGAUUCUCCGCCGAAGGCUUUCAAAAAAGCCCCAUCCAAGAAUGAGCGAGAGCUGUAUAGUCCACCAGGGGGAAAGUACAGCACAAAAGUACAAGGUUUCCAAGCUGCAAGCCGAGGACGAGGAGGUCGAUUCCGAGGUGGUGGAGGCAGAGGGUGGCGUGGUAGGAUAUACUCUUGAAAGGAAGAAUUAGGCAGGAGGAGGCAGCAUCAUCAUUAUUGUUCAUUCAUCUUCAUGAGACCAUUGUGCAACCUCUUUCCCCCUCAUUUUAUCUUCAUGUUGCAUUUUUUUGCACUUCUCCGUGCUUUAAAUUUCCAAAAACAGAGUAAGUAAAGGACGUUGGCGGUGCAUUAAUGAGCCACUCGUUAAAUUGGCUGACAAUUUAUUAUAAAUAAAGGGUUUCUGUGCUCAGC